AGACAAAUUCUUACAUCACCUAAAAGGCCGAACACUUGUAGAACCAAUGAAUUUUAUCCCCUUUGUGGAAACAGCAGUGGGCUUGCUCAAUUUUAAGGCUGUCUGUGAAGAAGCACUGAGAACAGGAUCCCAGGUUGGCUUUCAUUUGGACGCAGUCGUCUUCGGAGGAGAGGAUUUCCGUGCCAGCAUAGGUGCAACAAGCAGUAAGGAAACUCACGAUAUUCUAUAUGCCAGGCAAAAAAUAAUAGUCACAGCAAAGGCAUUUGGCCUUCAAGCAAUAGACCUUGUUUACAUCGAUUUCCGAGAUGAAGAUGGUCUCCGCAGGCAAUCAAGGGAAGGUGCCUCAAUGGGAUUCACUGGUAAGCAGGUGAUUCACCCCAACCAAAUUGCUGUUGUCCAGGAACAGUUCUCUCCGAACCCUGAAAAAAUAAAGUGGGCACAAGAACUGAUUUCUGCUUUUGAAGAACAUCAGCGAUUAGGCAAG